UUGCAUGGUGAUGGUGACGAUUGUGUUAAUUUUAGCAGCUCUUUGGUGGUCUGUACAAGGCAUCACCCAGCAUUAUAUUCUAUUGCGUGAUGGCUUCUUCAUCAUCUUCAUCCAUUUCACAUGAGGAAUUCAAGAUGUUUCAUUCGAUUGAUCGGGAGCUUUACAGGCUCCUUGUGAACAAUCUAUGGAGGGAUCCUGUGGAAUCCAUGCAAAUAAUGGCCUUAUGGUUGUGGUUGGAAAGAAUGGGUUGCGCCAAUGUGGUGAAGAAAAUCCUUUCCUUGCCUUAUAUUCUGAUAAAUGAAGUAGCAGAUGAGGCAAUCCUUUGCCUCAGCUGCAUAAACAAUGACCAAUUUGCUUGCCAAAACAACGAUAUCCCUCUGAUGCAAAGUCUAAUGGAGAAUGAAAUCUCUCUCAAAUAUUUCCAUGACAAUAGGCUGGGUGCAACUCAAGGGGUGGCAAAAAAUGUGAAUGAGGUAUGCAUCAGAGCAUUAUAUGAUAUAAUGCAGCAAGCCAUUGAAAGAAAUGCUGCUCAGAUUGGCUUACCAGAUACUCAGAAAAUUCCACCAUCCUCCACUCAAUCUAGGCUUCCUAAAAUUGAAUUUAGUCCUAAAGAUAUGAUGCUUUCUUGUACCCAAGAAACUGGGGUCCCUCCAGAGGAUAGGACCAUGUUUGUUACCUUCUCUAAGGGCUAUCCUGUACAUAAAUGGGAAGUGAGGGAAUUCUUCACCAGUGCUUAUGGGGAUUGUAUCGAGUCUCUUCACAUGCAAGAAGUGGAGUCUCAUGAGCAAGCACUGUUUGCUCGCAUUGUUUUUCACUCAGCAGCUACUAUUGAGGUGAUUCUUAAUGGGCUGGACAAAGCAAAAUUCAACAUCAAUGGGAAGCAUGUAUGGGCUAGAAAAUUUGUGCCCAAGCGACCAAAAUCUUCACUUCCAUUUCUGCCGCUAUCCAAUUUCUCGCCCCCAUUUUAAUUUGAACAUGAUAUGAGGACUCAAUUCAAUCCAAGAUAUCAUGUUUAAAAUUUAUAAUCAAAUAAAAACUUGUAAUAGAAUAAGCAA